UCCGGGGUGGGGGCAGGUCUCUGUCGAGGUUGGGCAGGUCCUGGGGUCUGGUUGUGGUGGGUGCCCCCUCCCAAGCACCGUUCCCCAGGGCCAGCCAGUGGGAGCCUUGUUGGCCAGGCCGUGGAGCUCUCAGGGUGGGCUGGGGGGACACAGGGAGGGGCCGGGCUUGGCUGACCUUUGCAGGCUGGGGAGGAUUGUGGGAAAGUGACCACCACAGAGGAGACUUAUGGUGGGGGUCAGUGAGGGUGUGGACCUGGGCAUUGGAGACCACUGGACAGGCCCGGACGGCUUGGGUUUGGGGUUCUGGGCCCUGGGGGUGGUGCUGAAGGAGGGGGGUGGUGGAGGCUGGUAUGGUCCACGUGCUAUUCCAGGUUGCCCCCUCAGGCUGCCAGGGACCGCCCCCCCCAGUGCCCAUCACCCACAGCUUGGCACCCAUGGCCACACGUGGUGGGCUUUGUCCCUGAAGUACCAUCCCCAUGAGUCUGUCUUUGGGACAGACCCUGUGGGUGAGGGAUGAAGGUGUUUGGUCAGUACUGUACCUCCCCCCGCCCCAAUCCCUGGUGAGAUCCCCACCCCACAGUGUGGUGGGGUCUUUCACACUGGGAUCUCUGUGCCCCUGACUCCCGGGCUGCAGACAGGAAGGGUGGAGAGCCAAGUGGGGGAGGAGGCUGAGGGGUGGACCAUGGGUGGGCUGGGGCAGUGACGUCGAGGAAAGGGGCCCUCAUAAGCUCCUGCCUCCUUGUGGCUGCAGCAGGACCAGAGUGAACUGGAGCUGGCAGGGAUCGAGGGACGCUGCCCUUGGACAGGAGCAGGUUGGUGACUCUCCAGGAGGCUGGGUGGACAUGGAGGGGCCACCAGGUCUGGGCAGAUGCCAUGGAGAGGUCUGUUCACAGCCAUGACCUCUGUGUGCUGGCAGGAGUCCCUCUGAGUCAGGCCAGUUUUCUAGGUAGGGGAGGGGUCUGGCUUCAGAAUGUGGAUCAGGAGGGUCUAGGAUCUGGGGUGCCCGGAUAACCCAUCCAUCGCCCUCCAGCUCCUCCACAGCCCUGGGACCUCCACGAGCUCAGCAGUCAGGCAACAGACCUGUCCUGGCCACCACCUGCUCCAGGUGUGCUGGGUUGAGGGUGGCCGGGGACCUGGGCGCCUGCGCUGCGUGUCCCCUCUGCACUGUCAGCGGAGGCUCAGAGGCAGCCCCCAGGCAGUGUGCAGCUUGGAGUGGGAGGGGCUCCCUCAGAGGGUUCUCCCAGGACCCCAACCCACCUCCUCGGGCCUCCCCCUCCCCACUGAGAGGCCAGCUCUGAGGCCAGUCCUUAGCUGGAACAGCUCCUCCUGGGGCCAGCAGAGGGGCACCUGUGCCACCCCUGAGGGGUUCUUCUCAAACUGAGGUCUCAGUCCCAGCUCUGAUGCUGCUGGCAGGGCCUGCCCCCACCCCAACCCAACCUCAGUUUCCACCCCAAGCUCUUCGGCCCUGACAGCGGCCGUCCCAGUCUGGUCUAUUGGCAAGUGAGUGACCGGAAUAGUGGACAGGGCCCCGUGCUGGCCUAUGGAGAAUGUCCCAAGGGCAGGAUGCAGGACCAGAGGCUGUGAUUGGGUCAGACGCGUCGAGGGGUGAGCAGGAGAAGGGCAGCUGACCUCUCGCUCCAGUAAGCACCUGGCCAGGCCCUGCGGGUUGCCGGCCCACUGUGGAUGGGAGGGUAGGGGUGGCUGUGGGGUGCAGCAUUGCCUAGAUGAGGACUUCAGGUCUCAGGGUCUCCCCACGUGUACAUGGGGAUGCCCAGCAUGGUCUCAGACCCCUGGCCCACGAGAACGUGGAUGGUGUAGCUCUGGCUUUACAGCAUCAGGAGGGGACACACGGAUGGACAGAUGGCUGAGUGGCCCUCCUCCUUCUGCAGGCUAAAUACCAUGAGCGCCCGGGGGCGUCCCCACCACGGGAUCUGGCUCUGGCUAUGGCUCGGUGUCACCAUGGGACUCUGCCAGGGACAUGGUAAGGACGUGGGGUCGGGGGCUGCCUGGGGACUGUGGCCCCUGCCUGCCCCCAGCCACCCACCGAGGCCGUACCUGCCCAGGGCAGAGGCCCCGCAGCAGACGAGCGUUCCCCCCUGGCUCCCCACCAUCCCCAGGAGCUGCUGUUCCCAGUGGAAGACUUCUCUCUCUGCAGGGAGCAGCCGCCUGAGGCUGUCCGUGCUGCCCGAGGACCGGCUGCAGAUGAAGUGGAGGGCAUCAGAGGGGGGCGGCCUCGGCUACCUGGUGCAGGUGAAGCCCGUGGCAGGGGACCCAGAGCAGGAGGUGAUGCUGAACACCAAGACCCCCAAGGCCACCGUGGGCGGCCUGAGCCCCUCCAAGGGGUACAGCGUGCAGAUCUUCGAGCUCACUGGCUCAGGAAACGUCCUGCUGGCUCGGAGGGAGUUUGUGAUCACAGAUUUGAAGAGUAACUCCGUGGGCAGGAGCAGCUGGAGGCCACUGGGUGCAGCCCUGGAGCCCACCCCUUCCCGUAUGGGGAGCCUAGACCCUGAGCCCCAAGUCGCCUUGGUCCCAAGCCAAGACCCACCCACUCUUGCCGGCCCCCAGUUCCGCUGCACGCCCCCUACACCUGUGGACAUGAUCUUCCUGGUGGAUGGGUCCUGGAGUAUUGGCUACGGUCACUUCCAGCAGGUCAAAGACUUCCUGGCCAGUGUCAUCGAGCCCUUUGAAAUAGGGCCGGAUAAAGUCCAAGUAGGCUUGACUCAGUACAGUGGAGACCCCCAGACAGAGUGGGACCUGAACGCCUUUGGCACUAAGGAGGAGGUGCUGGCAGCCAUCCGCGGUCUCCGCUACAGAGGGGGAAACACGUUCACAGGCCUGGCCCUGACCCACGUGCUGGAGCAGAACCUGAAACCCACAGCGGGUCCCCGUCCAGAGGCAGCCACGGUGGUGAUCCUGGUGACAGACGGCAAGUCCCAGGACGAUGCCCGCACUGCUGGCCACGUCCUCAAGGAGCUGGGAGUCGACGUCUUUGCCGUGGGCGUGAAGAAUGCUGAUGAGGAGGAGCUGCGGCUCCUGGCGUCCCAACCGCUGGACAUCACUGUCCACAGUGUGCAGGACUUCCCCCAGCUCGGCACGCUGGCCGGCCUGCUCAGCCGCCUCAUCUGCCAGAAGGUCCAGGGCAGGAGCCCGCGCGGGGGCCCAGUGACGCCGGCAGCUGCUGCUCCGGCCCCGGACCCCCUCUCUGCUCUCACCAGCCUGGUCCUGACUCAGGUGACCUCCUCCAGUGUCCACCUGUCCUGGAGCCCAGCCCCGAAACCACCCCUCAAGCAUCUGAUUGUGUGGCGGCCUUCCAAGGGCGGCAUCCCCCGGGAGGUGGUGGUGGAGGGGCCCACCUCGUCUGCAGAGCUGCACAACCUGACUUCCAGUACAGAGUACCUGGUGUCCGUGUUCCCCGUCUACGAGGCCGGGGUCGGCGAGGGCCUGCGGGGCCUGGCAACCACAGCGCCUCUGCCACCACCCCAGGCACUGACCCUGGCCGCAGUGACGCCCAGAACCGUGCAUCUCACCUGGCAGCCAGCGGCCGGGGCCACCCACUACUUGGUCUGGUGCUCGCCUGCCCCCUCCAAGGGCGAGGCGGACAGGAGAGAGGUGCGGGUGGGGCGGCCAGAGGUGCUGCUGGACGGCCUGGAGCCGGGCAGGGACUACGACGUCUGGGUACAGAGCCUUCGAGGGGCAGAGGCCAGCGAGGGCCGGGGCGUCCGCGCCAGGACCCCUGCCCUGGCCUCCACCAGACUGGGCUUCUCGGAUGUGAGCCACGACUCGGCCCGUGUGUUCUGGGAGGCCACCCCAAGACCUGUGCGCCUCUUCAGGGUCAGCUACGUCUCCAGCAAGGGCGGCCACUCCGGGCAGACGGAGGCUCCUGGGAAUGCCACGUCGGCCACCCUAGGCCCCCUCUCCUCCUCCACCACAUACACCGUCAGAGUCACCUGCCUCUACCCUGGUGGCAGCUCCUCCACACUGACCGGCCGCCUGACCACACGGAAAGUCCCCAGCCCUAGCCAGCUGUCAGUGACAGAGCUCCCUGGGGACGAGGUGCAGCUGCAUUGGGCAGCCGCAGCGGCAUCCGGCGUGCUCGUCUACCAGAUCAAGUGGACACCCCUGGGAGAUGGGAAGGCCCAUGAGAUCUCUGUCCCUGGCAACCUGGGCACAGCUGUCCUGCCCGGCCUGGGGAGGCACUUGGAGUACGAGAUCACCAUCCUGGCCUACUACAGGGACGGGGCCCGCAGCGACCCCGUGUCCCUCCGCUACGCUGCCCUCAGCCGGAGCCCACCCUCCAACCUGACCGUGGCCUCCGAGUCACCCAACAGCUUGCGGGUCAGCUGGACGCCCCCGAGUGGCCACGUCCUCCACUACCGGCUCACCUACACGCUGGCCUCAGGCUCAGGACCCGAGAAAUCGAUCUCUGUUCCAGGACCCAGGAGCCAUGCGAUACUCCCCGACCUGCUGGCAGCCACCAAGUACAGGGUGCUGGUCUCUGCAGUCUACGGAGCAGGGGAGAGUAUGGCUGUGUCAGCCACAGGCCGGACAGCCUGCCGGGCCCUCCACGCGGAUGGCUCCCUCACAGGCUUUGACCUGAUGGGGGCCUUCGGCCUGGUGGAGAAGGAGUACGCCUCUGUCCGCGGUGUGGCCAUGGAGCCUUCAGCGUUUGGCCCGACUAGGACCUUCACACUCUUCAAGGAUGCUCAGCUGACACGCCGGGCCAGCGACAUCCACCCAGCCGCCCUGCCCCCGGAACAUACACUUGUCUUCCUCCUGCGCCUGCUCCCUGAGACACCCCGCGAGGCCUUCGCACUGUGGCAGAUGACGGCUGAGGACUUCCAGCCUGUCCUGGGGGUCCUGCUGGACGCCAGCAGGAAGUCACUGACCUACUUCAACCACGACCUCAGGGCCACCUUGCAAGAGGUCACCUUCGACCUGCCCGAAGUGAGGAGGAUAUUCUUCGGGAGCUUCCACAAGGUGCACGUGGCUGUGGGCCGCUCCAGGGUCAGGCUCUACGUGGACUGCCAGAAGGUGGCUGAGAGGCCCAUUGGGGAGGCUGGCAGCCCUCCCGCCACCGGCUUUGUCAUGUUGGGGAGGCUGGCCAAGGCCCGGGGCCUCCGGAGCAGCUCUGCCACGUUCCAGCUCCAGACGCUGCAGCUUGUGUGCAGUGACUCCUGGGCAGAGGAGGACAGGUGCUGCGAGCUCCCUGCCUCGAAGGAUGGAGAGACCUGCCCGGCCUUCCCUUCUGCCUGCACCUGCUCCUCAGAGAGCCCUGGGCCCCCAGGGCCACAAGGACCUCCAGGCCUCCCCGGGAGGAAUGGAGCGCCAGGAGAGCAGGGCUCCCCAGGGCCCAGGGGUCCACCAGGGGUCAAAGGCGAGAAGGGGGACCAUGGACUCCCGGGCCUGCAGGGCCGGCCCGGCCACCAGGGCUCCCCCGGAAAGGUCGGCCUCCAGGGACCAAAGGGAAUGAGAGGCCUGGAGGGGACUGCUGGCCUGCCCGGACCCCCCGGACCCAGGGGCUUCCGGGGUGUGGCAGGGGCCAGGGGCACCAGCGGGGAGCGAGGACCCCCAGGGGUCGUGGGGCCCACGGGGCUGCCGGGGCCCAAGGGGGAGCGGGGAGAGAAGGGCGAGCCACAGUCUCUGGCCACCGUCUACCAGCUCGUGAGCCAGGCCUCGCACAUGCUGAAGUUCAACUCCUUCCUCCACGAGAGCACCAGGCCCCCCAUGCCCAUCUUGGAGGCCCCCAGGCCCCCCGGCACGCCCAGCGAGGCCCGGCUCCCUGGAGAAGGGGGUCGUGGUGGUCACCGCCCUGAGGCCAGAGGACAGUCCCUGUGCUGCCCCCACUGAGCCUGCACUUCCUCCCUGGAUCCUCUGGACGCCAGGAGCGGCCGUGCUGGAGGACCUGGAAAGCGCAUCCUGGGAAGGGCCUGGGGGUGGGAGGAGAGGGAGGCAGAAGACGGACCUGGAACCUCAGAUAAACCACCAAGUGCUUGUCAAGGGAGGUGGCUGCUCA